AUGGCCUUCCGAAUGAGUCUCUCUGGGCCCGCACGGACGUUUCUCACUGCAUUCAGCGCAGCCGUCGGUCGUCUCGACAAGUCGUUGUCGCCGUUCGACACCAUCGCGCGACUUCGGGCCCACACCUUCGUUCCCUCCGAUGCAAUAUAUGUCUUCCAUCUCGUCCUUGCCGUGUUCUGGCUCACUAUCAUGCAAGUUCCGUCAUUUCCAAGCAAGCUAUUGAUACCCAUCCUAUUCGGAAUUGCGCUCUUCAUCCCGUUCACGUCCCAGUUCUUCUUCCCCGCCAUCCCAGUUUUUGCAUGGCUGCUUACGUUCUACACAAACCGCUUCAUUCCGGCUGACUACCGCCCCUCAGUGCACGUCGUUCUACUUCCAACUCUCGAAACCGUGCUCUAUGGCGCUAACAUAUCUGACAUCCUGACACGAUUCACUCACCCUAUCCUCGAUCUCUUAGCGUGGCUUCCGUACGGCGUCAUCCAUUAUACAUUCCCUAUCGUGCUCGCCAUCUUUCUGUGGCUCUUCCGUCCACCUCUUGCCCUCAAAACGUGGGCAAAGACGUUCGGCUAUAUGAAUCUGACCGGUGUCUGCGUCCAAAUCCUCAUACCCUGCGCCGCGCCGUGGUAUGAACUCAUCUAUGGUCUCACACCAGCCACUUACGGAAUAGCUGGCUCACCCGGUGGGCUUGUACGCAUCGAUGCCCUCUUCAGUGGAGAUGGCUACCAACGUGCCUUCGGCAGCUCCCCCCUUGCUGCGCUUUUUGUAUCCCAUUUCUGGCAGGGUGCUGGGCGUAUGGCAUGGGUAUACGUCAGCGUGCUCUACUGGAGCACGAUGUACCUCACUCACCACUACCUCAUUGACGUUGUCGGCGGUGCAUGUCUUGCCACCACGUUCUUCUACUUGUUCAUGCCCGACGAACUGCGUGGAGCAGGUGGAUGGGGAAGCAGUGAGUACGGGGGCGCGAGAUCCAAGUAUGAACGGUACGACCUCGAGAGCAGGCGUCCAGGAGGCUUCAUGGGGGAGUCUGUGGAUCUGUCCGACGAGGUUGAAGAAGAGAACAUCGUAUACCGCUCUCCCAACCCAAGCACCAGUGGCUCGGCACCACACUCGUUGAUGCAUUCGUCGCCGAAAAAACCGUCGAUGCAGAAUGGGUCAGGAAAUGGCCGGACGCAUCGACAUACGGCGAGCAUCGCAAGCUUGAUACGUCCAGAUGAACGCUCAGAGGGAUGGAGUCCGAUCGGUAACAAGGGUUUUGCGUUUCCCCCAGUUACCCGGUGA